UGUUUACUAACAAAAUUGAUGGAACUGAUGAUUUAGUUAGUUGUAUGCGUAAUUAGUGUAAGUAUAAAUAGUGUACAAAUUACAAACAUACAAUCAGUUCGUAAAGAAAAACACAAGAAAUUCAAAAUGGGCAAAAUGUUGAAGUUUAUGAUAGUUUUGGCAGUUGUUAUUGCCGUAGUGCAUUGUGUCCCAUACGUAGGUGGUAAUGGCGGAGGCCAUGGUGAUCAUGGAAAUUUUAAUGUAAGCAGUGGUCAUGGUGGUGGACAUGGAAGUAAUCAUGGAGGCAGUGGAGGCCAUCAAGGAGGUGGCGGCAGUGGUAGUGGGCAUGGACAUAACCAACAUGGCGGUGGUAGUGGGUCAGGUGCGGGAAAUGGUCAUGGACAUAAUCAUCAUUAAAUUAAUUUUGAAUGCAAACAAUUGUAACGCUUCAUUCUACCAAACAAUAAAUAUACUGACACACAAA